CAAGGAGACAAAGCUUCAACAGCAGCAGGUGCUUCCCUGCAGGCACACAUGCGUGCACGCCGGUGCACAUAUGUCUGGAGGCGCACGCCUUCCCGGACUGGUCUCCACCUAGGUCUGCAAGGGGCUCCUUUUUUCAAGGAACCUGUUACCUGUGUCCGCUACUGUCGCCCUCCGGCCAGCAGGGGGUGCCGCUCGCCCAGCGCUACCUAGCCAUCGUGCUCGUCCGGAAGUCCCGCCCCACCCGGAAGUCGAGCGCCAGCGCUUCCCCAAAGAUGGUGGCGUCCUUGAAGUUGGUACGGCGUGGCCGCAGGCGUGGAACCCGCCUGAAACGCGGCAGUGACGGCCUCGGCGGGGAGGGAGCUCUGAAACGGCUCAAGCUGGCCGUGGAGGGGUUCGUGCGGGCCACCUCCGAGGCCGAGGCUCCCGGGGGCUUUGAGGGGCGCGGCGCCGCAGUGAGCUCCAGGCCGAUAGGGAGGAAGAGCCGAAAGGAGCUGCGAAGGGAGAAGCGGCAGCUGCGGAAGGCGCGCCGCCUGCAGCGGGCGGGGGGACCGGGGCCAGCUAGAGAGGAAGGGAGCGCCCGCCCGCCCAGCAGGGCCCGAGAGGCCGAGGCCGCCCCGUCCCAUUGCAAAGCCAAAGUCAAGACUUCCCCGGCUAAGCCUAAGGCUCCCCCGGCCUCAGCGCCCUCGGCCCACAGUAAGGCCAAGGCUACCCGGACUAAAGGUCCCUCUCUCAAGGCCGAGGCUCGCCCAAGGAAGACCGAACCCUCGGCCACCGCCCGGAAGCGGGCUCUGCUAGCGGCCAACGAGGAGGAGGACCGCGAGAUCCGGAAGCUGGAGCGCUGCCUCGGCCUGAACAAGCGCAGGAAGAAGGGCGACGGCAGCUCCGUGCCGCUGAGCUUCGCGCGCGACGGGCUGGACUACAUCUUGGGGGCCCUGGAACCCGGAGCAGGCGGCAGCGGCCUGUACGAGAGCAGCGGGGAGGAGGACGAAGAGGAAGAGGAGAGUGGCGAAGACGAAAUACCCCCGGAUAGCGACAGCAACCUCGACGUUGACUCCGAGCGCGAAAGCGAGGAGGACUUGGAGGGGGAAGCCCACCCCUCAGAGGAUGAGGUCGAAAAUGUGGAGGACGCAGACGACAGUGUAGACCCAGAACCCGGGGGAGGAGUAGAAGGCGGAGCGCGGGAGACGAGGGGGAGGAAGAGAGUCCGUUUUGCAAAAGAUGAAGAUUUGAAACAUGAGAGUUCGGAGGUUGAGAACACAAGCCAUCAGGAGAGUCUUUGUGAGAAUAGUGAAAAGUACAUCCCAUCUCAGGUGAGGUGUAUCCAGGAGACAGUGGAUGUCCGCAAGAAGGUGGAACUGGAAAGGCUGAAGAAGCAGGUGAAAGGCCUCAUUAACAGGCUGAGUGAGCCCAACAUGGCGUUUAUAAGUGGGCAGCUGGAGGAGCUGUACAUGGCCCACAGCAGGAAGGACAUGAGCGAUAUGCUGACUGCCACCCUCAUGGAUGCCUGUGUCACCUCCUCAGCCAUGCCCAGCCGGCUAAUGAUGGAGCACAUCCUCCUGGUCAGCAUUCUCCACCACACAGUCGGAAUCGAGGUUGGCGCGUGCUUCCUGGAAGGCGUGGUGAGGAGGUUUGAUGAUGCCUACGGAAAGGGAGGCGAGGGGAAGGAGUGCGACAACCUGGUCACCAUCGUCGCCCACUUGUACAACUUCCACGUGGUCCAGUCGCUCCUUGUCUUUGACAUUUUGAGGAAACUGAUAGGAACUUUCACGGAAAAAGACAUCGAGCUGAUUCUGUUGAUGCUGAAGAACGUGGGCUUCUCGCUGAGAAAAGACAAUGCUUUAUCACUUAAGGAGUUGAUCGCCGAGGCCCAGGCCAAAGCCAGCACCACAGGCAGCAAGUUUCAGGACCAGACCAGGAUUCGGUUUAUGUUGGAGACAAUGCUGGCAUUAAAGAACAACGACAUGCGCAAGAUCCCAGGCUAUGACCCUGAGCCAGUGGAGAGGCUGAGGAAGCUGCAGAGGGCACUGGUGCGCAGCGCUGGCUCUGGCUCCGAGACUCAGCUCCGAAUCUCCUGGGAUGGCAUCUUGAAGGCUGAGCAGACCGGUCGUUGGUGGAUCGUGGGGUCUGCAUGGAGCGGGGCCCCAAUGAUCGACAACAGUCGUCAUGCAGCCCCACAGAAGCCACUUGCAGGGACGGUGAGCGCAAAGAUGCUGGAGCUUGCCCGGAAGCAGAGGAUGAACACAGAUGUCAGGAGGAACAUAUUCUGCACAGUGAUGACCAGCGAGGAUUUUCUGGACGCCUUUGAAAAGCUGCUCAAGCUUGGGCUGAAGGACCAGCAGGAGCGAGAGAUUGUCCACGUGCUCAUGGACUGCUGCCUGCAGGAGAAAACCUACAACCCUUUCUACGCCUUCUUGGCCAGCAAGUUCUGCGGAUAUGAGAGGAGAUUCCAGAUGACUUUCCAGUUCAGCAUAUGGGACAAAUUUCGGGACUUAGAAAAUUUGCCAGCCACCAAUUUCUUGAAUUUGGUUCAACUGGUGGCGCACUUAUUGAAGACAAAGUCUCUUCCACUUUCCAUUUUAAAGGUGGUUGAAUUCAGUGAAUUGGACAAACCCAGAGUCCACUUUUUACGCAGAGUGUUAACUGUGCUGCUAAUGGAAACAGAAGUUGAAGACUUGAGUCUAAUUUUUUCAAGGGUGUCUGACAACCCAAAGCUGGGUGUGCUGCGGGAAGGCCUGAAGCUCUUCAUCAGCCACUUCCUACUGAGGCACGCACAGGCCCAGCAGUGCCCCGAGGAGGCUGGUGUGCUGAGAGAGAGGGCUGGGCUCGCCACCAAGGCCCUGCAGGGCAGGGCUGCACUGCAGAUGUAGUGGGAAGCCAGGAGUGCGGUGGAGUUACGUUGUGGUCCGUGGCAUUAGGUAUCAUUGUUUGAGGUCACUUUUUGAUCCAAGAUUGGGUUAUAUUUCAGUCAUGCUCAGAUAGCUAAGUGCAUUGAUUGGGGGGCUGGGGCAGGGACCAGGCAGGUUUCUCACAUACAAGGCUUGAUAGGUAAUCUUAAUUUAUUUUUAUAUUUGGCAGUGCUGGAGAUUGAACCUUUUUUUUGGUACUGGGGAUCGAACGCAGGUCCUUGUGCUUGCACAGCCGGCGGCGAAACCACUGAGCUAUAUCUCCGGCUCAUGAACCUUUUUUUUUUAAGACAAGGUCUCACUAAGUUGCCCAUGUUGGCCUCAAACUUGAGACACUCCUGUCUCAGCCUCCUGUGUGUAGCUAGGACUACAGGUGUGUGCCACUGCACUUGGCUUAAUUUGUCUUUUAAAAAUAUAUAUAUAUAUAUAUACACACACACACACAUAUAUAUGUGUUUAAAAUUUAAAAAUCAUCAGCUAUUUGUGAUGCUGCAUGUCUAAUUGAUUAUUUUAAUACUUGGAACACAGUUUGGUUUUGAAAAGUCAGUUGAUGGCAGGCCCUGUGAAUAUCUUCUUAUGUCCUGCACAGCGUGGAUCAGAGUGUUCCAUGAGCGCUCGCCUGACCUCAGGAUGCAGUGGAUCUGUGUGCUGUUUCUCUCCAGUGGUCCUUUCCACGUUGUCAGUGUCUUUUCUUAAACAACUCUGAAGUCACCAAAAAGGAAUGGACACUUGGUGCUGCUUGCUGUCGGGCCUUAGCAGGUGUGGAGUUGUCACUGCACACAGGAGCUCACACAUUUAUGAGAAGCACACACAAUGCUCACACGAGGAACAGAAGCCCUGGUGCUGAGGAAGGAGGUGUGGCCUGGGCACCCAGUAUGCUGCACAUGCACCAUGCUCAUUGCCUGCUGGUCUUUGAGGUCCAGGACCUGAUUAAGCCUCACUGCUUAAUUGCUGGAAAGGACCACUUGGUGUGAGUUAGAGGUCAUAGGUCAGUGCCAUCACCCAGCAGCAGACUGUCUCCGGGGGUGUCACCACUGUGCUGCAUGUACCUUGACACGGCACCAUGGGGUGUCUGCAGGCACCCUGGGAAGCACGAGUCUCCAUGCAUAACCACCACUAAACCAGGGGUCUGAGCCUUGAUGUUCACAGGCAGCGUGGAAGAUGGGCUCCAACAACACAGGCAGUCUGGCCUUCCCCAUCCUGACCCUGCUUCAGAGGCAGAGUGAAACCCCUUGUCUACCCACAGAGAGGGUGGCAGGGGUCGGAGUGCCUUCCAUGAAGGAAGCCUCAUCAUCACCAGUGGGUGUGCAGGCCAGGCCCCGCCUCUUUCCAUAAGGAGCUCACCGAACAGUGUCCACCUGUGUCCCACCACCAGCCUCAGGUCUUCACUGUGGCAGCGCUGCAGCUCUUGGGAUAGUGCUGACAUCCCUGGCUUGCCCAUUGACUAGGAGCAGCAGAGGAUCAGGAGGCCCCAUGGAGGCACUGAGCAGCCUCUUCAUGCCAUGCGGAUGAGUUGGCUGUGCCCAUGGACGGCCCGUGUUUGCACUGGCUUCCCUUCCCAAGGCAGUCAUUCUCACCAUGGACCCUAACUGACUCUGCCAGGCACUGAGUCUUGCGUUUUCGUAUGUGGCAGGCUGCGCAUAAGUGUGUGCACAUAACAUGUGCAUCACUAUGUGAUGUUAACUGUUCUCCAGUGCAGCUGUUAAAUCCAUCCUGACCAAAAGCAUUUUAAGUUCAGAAUUGCUUUUAAAAGUAGUGGUUUUUGGGCCAGGGAUUUGGCUCAGUGGUUUCCCUGCCUGCUGUGCAAGCACAAGGACCAGAGCUCGAUCCCCGGUACCAAAAAAAAAAAGCGGUUUUAAACUGUAUUUGUGACACCUACAUUUGAAGCACUGCAGGCUGCAUGGACAAUGCUUGGUGUUAAUCAGAACUUUACCCUGUGGGUUGAGAACUGGUAGUGUAUGAAAUGACUAAAAAGAAGCCUUCUGUUAGGGGUUUCAUCUUUACAACAGGUACACAGAACAAACUAGUUUGUUAAAAUGUAAAUAAAAUCUAUUUUCUUA